GUGCUACUGUCUGGCCCAUACCCAUUCUCUUUGUUCCUCCUCUCUCUUCUUCCCCAACUCGGCAGCAAACGCACGAGCUCAGAAGUCCAGAACAGAACGCAGGCAGACCUGAGGCGGCGGGCGGCGGCAUCGGAGAGAAGAAAAGCAGGUAUCUCGCCGCCAGCUUUAGGUACCGCCACCCAUUCCUGCAACCGGUCGCUCUCUAUCUCGAUUCACCAUGAGUCAUGCCAGCACUGGAUUGCUGAAAGGCUUGAGGAGGGUCUUAGAACAGCACAGGAUUUCAACUGUUUUCUGCAGACAAUCACGAGCUUGGAGUUCUACUGUGUCUUUUUCUGACCUUGAUGAGAAGGGUGAUAUGGACAUUGACGAUGAUUAUACAGAUUCAAAGAGAGAGUUACAGCCUCAUAGUGUAGAUCCCAAAAAGGGUUGGGCAUUCCGCGGCGUGCACAGGGCUAUCAUCUGCGGCAAAGUUGGACAAGUGCCUGUGCAAAAAAUUUUAAGGAAUGGACGUACAGUAACUGUUUUUACCGUUGGAACUGGUGGUAUGUUUGACCAGAGGGUAAUUGGGCCUGAGGAUUUACCCAAGCCAGCUCAGUGGCAUCGAAUAGCUGUUCAUAAUGACCGCCUAGGUGCUUAUGUUGUCCAGAAGCUGGUGAAGAAUUCUGCAGUCUAUGUUGAGGGUGACAUUGAAACCAGGGUCUACAAUGACAGCAUUAAUGAUCAAGUCAGAAACAUACCUGAGAUAUGUGUACGACGUGAUGGCAAAAUUCGUUUGGUUAAAUCUGGGGACAGUGCUGCUAACAUAUCAUUAGAUGGGCUCAGAGAAGGGCUGUUCUAGUUAUAGUUAAGGAUGCCAAUGCAAGCAGAUCAUGAGGUUGCUUCUUGCUUGAGGCCCAUUGUAUCUUGAGCAGUGCACUAGCUUGUGAAGGCCUAUGAUCUGCAUCGAUGGCUGCCGCUUCACAUGGCUGUAACUGUGAUGAAGGUACGAGUAGCAGCAGAAGCCUGUACCAUUGAUUAGAAAAUGCAGUAAAACUUGGUUCACCCAUUUCUGCUUGUAUAUCUUCCUCCAUGUUUUUUGGCACCUAAACAAUCGUUUAUGAAGCAACACUUUUAAUUUUUCUCUGAAGCAAUAACAGAUGGUUUAUUGUUUCA